UCCGUGUCGGACCGAAUCUCGAAGACCGAGAAUUCAACGUCACCACUUCCAUCGUCGUCUUCCUCGGCACCCCUCUUCUUCUCCUUGGCAGACUGGCCUGUUGGUUCGGCUUCCGUCCGUUUUACCUCCGGCUUCUCAGAAAUGGAUGGUGUCACUAGCUCAGGCUUGUUUCCAUUGCAGCGUUGCAAAACUAUCCACCUGGUUAGGCAUGCACAAGGUAUUCAUAAUAAGGGACAUGAAAAGGACCAUAGAGCAUACUCAUCUCCAGAGUUCUUUGAUGCGCACCUUACUCCACUGGGAUGGGAUCAGGUUGAUAAUCUCCGUAAACACAUUAAAUCUUGUGGCUUAUCAAAGAGAAUUGAAUUGGUUAUUGCAUCCCCUUUGUUAAGGACAAUGCAAACUGCAGUUGGAGUGUUUGGAGGUGAUGGCUAUGAUGAUGGAGUCAACAACACACCUCCUUUAAUGGUCGAAAAUACUGGAGAUAGUGGUCGCCCUGCAAUUUCAAGUUUGAACUGCCCACCAUUUGUGGUAGUUGAAGACUGUCGAGAGCGCUUGGGAGUUAACCCUUGCGAUAAGCGGCGAAGUAUAAGCGAGUAUCAGAAACUUUUUCCCGCAAUUGAUUUUUCUUUGAUAGAAAAUGAUGAAGACAUCCUGUGGAAAGCUGAUAUCAGAGAGACAGAUGAAGAGGUUGCGGCUCGAGGAGUGAAGUUUAUUAGCUGGUUGUGUACACUUAAAGAGAAGGAGAUUGCUGUUGUAACCCAUAGCGCCUUCUUGUUUCAAACCUUGCAAACGUUUGGUGGUGACUGCCAUCCCAUCAUUAAGGAGGAAAUCAGCAAACAAUUUGGGAAUUGUGAGCUCCGAUCCAUGCUGUUGGUUGACAGAAGCUAGAGUUUAUAGUCGGUCAGUGAAUUUGAUGCACUUAUAUGGUGUUAACUAUGCUUUGUUUAGAAAAUGGUGUGUUUGAUGCCACUAAUGUCUUUACUAUUAUUUAUGCAUCAGUGUUGCAUG